GUGGGGAGAGUGGGGCUCAGUGUGACCAGGCAGAGGCCAGAGUUGGAGGCAGGCAAGCAGUGGAGAGAGUGCUGUGCCACUGAGACGUGCCCAGGGUGGAUAAACCAUGCUCAAUAAACGGGAGAAAGACUCUGCCCAGGACACAAGAUGAAGGUGGAGAGGAAGCCCUCCUCUAAAAGUGACAACUUCAGGGACAUUCCUUCACUUCUGACAUUCUUCUGCCUCCUUCUCCUCCUCCUCUUUACAGGGAAGGCAUUGGGAGUAAACGUGACCAGCCAGACCCAGGUGGUGAGGGGCACGGUGGGCAGAGAGGCUCUUUUGUCGGUCAGCUACUCCAGUAGGAGCUCUGACAAACCUGUCAUCAAGUGGCAGGUGAAGAAGGACAAAGUGAAGCCUGUCACUGUCGUUCAGUCAAUCGGCACAGAAAUAAUUGGAAACCUAAGGCCUGAGUAUCGUAAUCGCAUCCUGGUGUUUGAGAAUGGCUCCCUGCAGCUUCAAAGACUGCAGCUAUCAGACGAAGGAAUGUACGAGGUCGAAAUUUCCAUCACAGAUGACACAUUCACUGGAGAGCACUACAUCGAGCUGACUGUGGAUGUUCCUGUGACAAAACCUUACAUCCAGAUGAUGGCCUCCUCAGUCCUUGAGUACAGUGAGCAUUUCAACCUCCACUGCUCCCAUGACAAUGGCACAAAGCCAAUCUACAGUUGGCUGAAAGGAGGGAAGGUGCUGACCAACGACACACGCCUGCUGCUUUCACACGACCAGAAGGUGCUGACUAUCUCUCGUGUUCUGAUGUCUGAUGAUGACAUCUAUGCCUGCACAGUGGAGAACCCCAUCAGCAGCAUGAAAAGCAUCCCUGUUCGGCUCACUGUCUACAGUUCAGGACGGAGCUCGUUAUACAUCAUCCUGUCCACCGGGGGAAUAUUCCUCCUAAUCACCCUGGUUACAGUGUGUGCUUGCUGGAAACCUUCCAAGAAGAAGCAUCGACCUGUUCCCCAAAGAGCUCCAGUUUAUAUGGAGCAAGGUGACAAUGGCCAUGAUGUUGAUGUGGUGCCAAAGCCAACUACUCUUGGCCGAAGGAGCCCUAUGCCUCUUUAUGUUCUCAACGAAGAUGAAACUUUGGAGCAUCUGGAAGAAUCAUCAGGCAACACUGCCAUCCAAUCAGAAAUUAAUAUCCCUGCUACCUAUGUCCCAGUCCUUCCUCCUACCACCAACAGAACUGAGCGGCCAAUCUGGUCGACACCCCGCAGGUACCCCCGGAGCCCCUCUCCCCUGGCACAGCCUCUCCCUCAGCCUCUUCCUGCUCCUAUUCUACGUCCGGUUUGUUCCCCGGCUCACUCCCCAGGAUCGUCCCCUCGCAGUUUCAGCCCAGUGAGGAGAGUUCGUCCUGCAGUGGGCAUCCCAACGAGCCACCUGCCUGUGGAGGCAGAGUGCUCAGAUCCCAGCGAUCAGACUCUCACUUCCUCACAGCACUGAUAGCCAUCGUGAUAAUAGUUUUCACCCAGAAUUAUGUAAAAUGUAUGUUUACUUUGGAUUCCACUUUCUAGGCUGACAGAUGGGUUUCACCUUUUUUAUGUUCCAGUAUUUAUGAUGCACUUCUUUCGACUAUGCACAAUAACUGGUACAAGUCAGUCUAAAAUAUUUUCCUAUCCACCAGCAUGUAGCUUAUCCUGUAAUUCAGUUUUCUGUAAUUUGAUUGAACUAUGAUGAAUUACAGAUUUUAAAGGUCCCAUAUUAUGCAAAAUGCACAUUACAAACCUUUUGUAACAGUUAUAUGUGUCCUGAAGCCUGUGUAUGAGGUUCACAAAUGAAAAAAAAAAACUUUGACUUCUAUCAUUGUCUUUCUCCACCUCUCAGCUGAUGUGUGCUCAAAAAUUUGUGUUUGAUAUUCCUGCCCCUUAUGAUGUCAUAAGGGGAAAUUAGCUGUCUAGAACGGUCUGUAGCAGCCCAUUGGUCGAGCUUUGGUUCUCAGUUUAUGUAUUAUUCAGUGCUCCUGGGCUAUCUUUAUGAGCUCUGACCAGUUGUCAUAGUUGCGAGUUGUGAGGGGGGGUCACCCUUCAGGAGGAAUUUCCCUGCAAAAACAUGCUCUGGGGGCCUUGUUAACAUUUUUAUUUUCAAAUGUAGAAUAAUAUGGGACCUUUAAAUGAAUUACAAAACAGAGUCCACAUUUAUUGGCACCCAUGUUAAAGAUAUAUAAAACUUAAUAAACUAAAGUGUGCUUUGUUGCUGUAGCAUAGUUUUUGACAAACAACAAUAAAAAAAAAAAGCCAAAUCAUUAAUAAAUAAAUUUGCAAACUCAGGAGAAUAAUUCCUAUGUUAAAAAAAUUUUUUUUUUAGGUCAAACUUGCCCCGUCAAUCCCAUCGCGCCUUUUUUUUACCUAGCAGGACAGCACUUUGUCUAUUUCUAUCAAAUUUGACAAGAUGAUGGCAUAAAUAGAGAGGGAUCUUUAACCAUACCCCUUUGCACGUCCAUUAUAAUGUUCAUCUUACCAAGUUUACCAAAUUUCUUUUUAAAUGUUUAUUUACACUAAAAUGUUAUGAUAUCAUCCACUCAAGUAAGGUUCCAGAGGGCUAUUGAAGGAAAAACAAGCCCAAAGCAUUAGAGGGCCUCCUCCAAAUGUAACAGUGGAUGUAGUCCUCAGAAUCUUUUAACUGUUUAUCUGGGGGAAAAUAAGGCUUCAGAUAUAUUUUUAAAAGGUUUUAUUUAGCACCAGGGAUUUUGUUAACUAGUCCUUCUUAAUAAGGUAUUAUCCCAGCAUUAAACAAAUUAUACUCAAAUUGAUUGAUGGUUUGUUUUUCAAGAAGAAAAACCUAAGAAAUUUUGCUACUCCAAUGUAAGAUGGGGUGCCAAUAAAUGUGGCACCACUUCUGAGGCCUUCACACAAUAUUAUUAGAGGUUAAUAGUUUCUGUUUUGAAGUAUUUGUUUAUUUUCCUUUCAACACACUAAACAGUUUUUUCCCUCCAAAUUAGGUCACUUUAUAACAUAAGGAUGAAAAGCUUUUCACUAUAUGUUGUAUUUAGUCAUGAAUGUUAUAAAUAAAUAAAU